AUUGACUGUAUGUAACAACACGUGCAAUACGUGCGCCAUUUGGUCACGUGAUGCACGCCAUUAGUCUAUUGUAGUGAUUGUGUGAAUACAUGACAUUUGAUGACUUGUGUCCAGUAAUGUCUGUCAUUGAAUAUCCUAUGAUUAGUAUUGAUUGUAUGGUAAGUGUUGGUCAAUAUGUGGUCAGUAUUGGUCAGUGCCGUCGGUCAUCAUUAACGACACACUCAAUGGUAUUGAAUGGCACUUACGUUGACUGUUGUGACCCCCAGUUGUGGUCGUAAUUAAUGUAUAGAGUGUUGUGUUAGACAUCACUUGACUUAAGAGCCAAUGUUUACACACUUUGGUUGUAAUCGUCGAUCAUUUGAAUGUUUAUUUUGAUUACAUGUUAACCAUAUUAUCACCGAAAAAGUGGUUAAUUAUUGAUAAAUGAGAUGUCAUUCAACAGUUUAUGAUGAGUGACACGUGUGACGACUCGAACCGAUUGCUCGGAAUGUUGGCCGAAGUGGCCGUCAAGACAUUGAAUGCCGAACAACAACUCAAUCAGAGGAUGUACUCCAAGAGUGACAAAGCAUACAAUCAGAUUAGUACUACUGUCUUAAAUGUGGAUCAAAUUGUUGGACAUUCAGACAAGAUAUUUGUUGAAUCAAAUAGUGAAUUAAGUUGUGAUUCAAACCGUCAUAUAUUUAAACUGAAGUGUCGUUUGAUACCAAACAAGUGUGACUUUAUUCUUCAUACCACUCAAGCAGAUGACAGAGUCUAUACUUUAAUGAAAAAUCAUAUCUUGGAUCACAUCAAUGGUAUUGAAUCUAACUUCACAGCUGAAAGUUUUGACUCAACAAAUCAAAGACUAAAUGAUGGUAAAAGAUUGUAUUCAACUAAUAGUCAUUCAAAGAUUGAUAACAUUUUGAGAUCAGAUUUACAAACUAAUAAAUCAAUCAAAAGUAAAACACUUAUGAGUGAAACUAGUGUUGAAAGUGUUAAAACACAUUUGAAUAAUGAGUUAACUUAUAAACCGAUGUUUGUCUUGAAACAGAAUUGUGAUGACUUGAAUAUAAACUUAAUAACCAGUCAUAACAGUGAUGAAGAUCAUUGUUAUACAUCACUUGAUGGACCAAAGCAUAUCAAUUUGAUUCCCAUUGAAACUUUCAAUGAGAAUGUAUUGACUAAAAAAAAGAAAUGUCUAAAUUCAACAAAAGUGAUUACAACACCUGCUUUUCCUUUUAUUUAUGAACCUAUUUUGCCAAAUAUAUCUCAAGUAAUUGAAAUUGGAUCCAAUAAUAAUAAUAUAGUCAACUCAAAGAUGUGUUUGAAUGAACCAGAAUUGAGUCAAACAAUUGAUGACAAUGUUGUUGAUGCUCUCAAUACAAAUGCUUURCAAUUAAAACGACUGGCAUUGCAAUACAUAAAUGAUAUUCGAGUCAAAAAUAGGGGUCAAACAGAUAAGAGUCCGUUUAGGUGUAAGAUAUGUAUAGAUAAGACAUUCACAUCGCCCACAACAUUGAUAUAUCACUACAGAAGUCAUGCAGGAGUUAAGCCUUUUCAGUGUUCACUGUGUAAGUCGACAUUCACUCGACAACAUAGUCUUAAUUAUCAUAUGUUAAUACACUUAAAUAAAUCGCGUUUCGUGUGUGAAGAGUGUGGACGCAAUUUCAGACAUCCAUCGCAUUUCAAGGAACAUAUGAGAAGACAUACCGGAGAGACUCCUUAUGAAUGCAAUGAUUGCUUCAUUAAGUUUAAGACACGUAAUACAUAUAAAAGACAUUUACAAACAAAGCAUUCAAAAAUGUUGACGAGUAAAGGCAUUUUUGAUUUGCCCGACGCUAACCAUCACAUACGUAAGCCAUGUCCUCCGAGACGCAAAUAUGGCUUAGGAUUUCUUCACCAAAAUAUUGAAGCCGUGGCUCGAUAUGAGAGGGCACAGGAAGAAGUGAAUCAAAGCAUUAAAGAUAAAUGUCAUUUGAUUGAUACCAUUGAUUCAAAUCAUAUUUUAAUCAAUAAAUUUAAUUCGAGUAAAAAUAAUUUUGAAAAAUUACUUCAAGCGGUGGCCAUCGCUGAAGAUAUUAAUAGACCUAUCAUUACAUAACUAUAUAUAGUAUAUAAUUUUAUUCAUUUUAAUUAUUU